UUCAAUUUUAAGUGGCGAGAGACUCCCUCGUCUUCAGAACCACAGAAGCAAUUGUGUUUUCAGGAUGUUUUCAUUCAAGCACGCAGCUUACUUCAUUUGUUUGUUUGCUACAGUUUCCUGUGGCUGCCUGAUUCAAGUAUAUCAAAAUACUUUCUUCAGAGGUGGGGAUGUCACUUCCUUGUACAGCCCAGAUAUUCAGCACUGUCGGAUGAUAUGUACAUUCCACCCCAGGUGUUUGCUAUUCAGUUUUCUUCCAUCAAUUUUAACUAAGGAUCCAGCUAAAAAGUUUGGCUGCUUCUUGAAAGACAGUGUUACCGGAACAUUACCAAGGGUGCAUAGGAAAAAUGCAAUCUCUGGGCAUUCCUUAAAGCAGUGUGGCCACCUAAUAAGUGCUUGCCACCGAGACACUUAUGAGGGAAUUGAUAUGAGAGGAGCCAAUUUUUAUAUGACUAAGGUUCAAAGUGUUAAAGAAUGCCAAAAAUUGUGCACUGAUGAUAUUCGCUGCCAAUUUUUCUCGUAUGCCACCCCAAAUUUUUAUCUUCCUGGGUUUCGGAACAUGUGCCUAUUAAAGCGCAGUAUAAAUGGAGCACCUACCAGAAUCACGGUAGUGAAGGGUUUGGUAUCUGGAUUCUCACUGAAGCCCUGUGCACUUUCAGAAAUUGGUUGCCAAAUGAACCUUUUCCAGCAACUUGCAUUCACGGAUGUGGAUAUUGCCAGAGUUGUCACUCCAGAUGCUCUAGUGUGUCGGACCAUCUGCACCUACCAUGCCAACUGCUUCUUCUUCACGUUCCACACCAAUAAAUGGCAUGUAGAAUCACAGAGAAAUGUUUGUUCCCUAAAAACUUCUGUAAGUGGGGAACCAACUUGCACUAUUCCUCAGGAAAACACUAUAUCUGGACAUAGCCUUUUGUCCUGCAAAAGAACUCUGCCUGAACCAUGCCACAGAAAAAUUUACUCUGGAGUUGACUUUAGAGGGGAAGAACUGAACAUGACCUUUGUGCAAGGAGCAAUUGCUUGCCAAAAGAUGUGUACAGAGACAGUUCGCUGCCAGUUUUUUACUUACUCUUCACUCCCAGAAGACUGUGAGGAAGAGAAGUGUAAAUGUUCUAUGCGAUUAUCUUCCGAUGGUUCCCCAACCAGGAUUACACAUGGGAUCCAAGGGAGCUCUGGUUAUUCUUUGAGAUUGUGUGAAACAGGAGACAGCUCUCUCUGCACAAAAACAAACCCACGCAUUGUGGGAGGAACGAAUUCUUCUUUGGGAGAGUGGCCCUGGCAGGUCAGCCUACAGGUGAAGCUGACGAGCCUGAGCCACCUGUGUGGAGGGUCAAUCAUUGGAAGCCAAUGGAUCCUGACUGCUGCCCAUUGCUUUGAUGGGAUUUCCUUACCGGAUGCUUGGCGCAUUUACAGUGGCUUUGUGAAACUGUCCAACAUUACAAAAGAAACUUAUUUUUCACGAAUAAAAGAGAUUAUUAUUCACCAGAAAUAUAAAAUCUCAGAAGCUGGUCAUGACAUUGCCUUAAUAAAACUUCAGGAGCCCUUGAAUUAUACUGAAUUCCAAAAACCAGUAUGCCUACCUUCCAAAAAUGAUGCAAAUACAAUUUAUACCAACUGUUGGGUAACUGGAUGGGGCUUCGAUAAAGAAAAAGGUAAAAUCCAAAACAUUCUACAAAAGGCAAAUAUUCCUUUGGUAACGAAUGAAGAAUGCCAGAAAAGAUACAGAGAUUAUGUCAUAACCAAUCAGAUGGUCUGUGCUGGCUACAAAGAAGGGGGCAAAGAUGCUUGUAAGGGAGACUCCGGUGGUCCCUUAGUCUGCAAACAGGGUGGAAUGUGGCAGUUGGUGGGCAUCACCAGUUGGGGGGAAGGCUGUGGCCUCAAGGAACAACCUGGCGUCUACACCAAAGUUGCUGAGUAUGUGGACUGGAUUUUAGAGAAGACGCAGAACAGCGACAAAGGUGCUUUGAUGAAGUCAUCGGCCUAAGGAGGCUGGACRGUGAAGAGAACCCAGGGUUGUUUGAAGGAGAACCCAGGGUUGUAACUCUAGUUUUACAUCCUGGGAUCUAGUCAAGUUCUAAGCCUUGGAGUCCUCACCUGAAAAACAUGGAGAGGAGUGUCUACCUUGCGUCCUUGUCGUAAGGAUCAAAAAUAAAACAAACAACAACAAAAACAGGAGGUACAACAGCUGUGGGGACAAUGCCUUGCUGAGAUUUGCUUUCAGUAUUCAGUCACCAGGAGCUCCURAUGGGAGAUCACUGAAGAACUCUGCCAUUUUGUUGUGAAAUCGAACACCAAAAGAGCACAAUUAGAGUGUUUCCUUCUGGUUUUGAAACAGAACUGACAAUAAAUGACUCUGGAUUGAAGCACAGYGCUUGGGAUCAUCCUGAUCUUCCUGCUUCCCCUGGAACUCAAUAUGUCUCAGAGAUAUAACUUGUCCAUGCCUCACCUGCCGACUCAUUAGGACCUAAUGCUACCUUUGUCCUUUGGGUGAAGAGCUAGGAAGCUCAAGUUUUGUUCUGCCCAGUGGAUGAAGGAGAUAUGUGUAACAUUCCCUUUGACAAUAAAAAGAUGGUUUCAUUUCAGGCCCCUAUCUCUGCGACCCCAGCAUUGCCACAGGUGUCCAAUGUUGAUAUGCAGAUGAGGAUUGAAGGGCUGCAUUUUCCUGGUUGCAGAGCCUGCAAUAGACUCACUGCAAAGCCCUCCUGGAAACCAAGAAAUCUGYUUUGCAAAGAACAUUAACCCUGGCAGUGGAUAUCAGUGAAUAUUAGUUUCUGCAAUAGUAAUUCAAGAAGCAUUGUUAGAUAUAUCAUGUAUCCUAGAAUACAGACAUGGAAAAUCAUGGUCGUGAGUAGUCAUAAGUGACUUUGGAAAGAAUGAUAUAAAUCCUUAUKCAAUGGAAAUCCCAGACUUGUUGGCAAGUCCCACAAUUGAUUGGAGGUACCUUGAUUCAUUUGAGUUAAGCUGGUUAACAUUUACACAGAAUUGACCAUUUAUAAAAGAUUAUGUAAGCUAGGUAGAAAAAUAGAAAAGUGCAGUUUUCUAAAAGUGAUUGACUUUUUCCUUUUUCCAUACUCAAAGACACAUUGACUGGUAGAAAGAGCUACAGAUGGAGAGGCUGAAAGAAAGUCAUGAGGUCCAGGUUAUCCACAGACCAUGCAAUGGGAAAAUGAAGGGUCAAGAAUUUAGUCCAGAAGCAAAAUGGUUUUUGUAAAACCUGGCUAGAUUGCAUGAAUUGAUUUUUAAAACGUAUUAUAAUUUCAACUUUUACUUUUGAUUGCAAUAAAGGUAUUAGUCUUGUUCUGCKUGGAAGUUGUUUAUA